AUGGCACCCAAAAUUAAAGCCCGAAAUCUAAAAAAUAUUGAUUUAACAGACGAAAAUUACAUUCACUAUCUACACCAUCAUUUUAAAACUUUGCCUCUUUCUUCAUUAAUAAAAAAAAACACUUGUUUUUCUAAUCAACCUGAUGAAGUUCAUAAUGAAUUAAUAAAUAUUAAAAAUAAUGAAGAAUAUUGUGAUGAUUUUUAUGUAGCAGCUCGGAAAUUUAUUAAUAACGAAAAUAGAUCUGCGAGCAAUUCAACGGAUGAAACAUUAAUUAAUCAAAAUUGUUCUCAGCGUAAUGUGAAUUUAAAUCAUUAUUUACCUGGAACAAUAAUCAGUUCAAUCGACGAACUCGAAGAAAAUCAACCAGUUACAGUUCCAACAAUUAACGAGAGUCAACCAAUCGAAAUAAUUGCUGGGAGUCAAUCAAUUACCGAAAAUCAAUUAAAUAUUGAGAGUCAAUCAAUUACCGAGAGUCAUAAAUAUCCAGAAAAUCAUAAAUCAGUUAUCGCAAAUCAAGUGAUUAAUAAUAUCAUAGUUAAUGACGACAGGUAG